UUUUUUUACUAUCGUAUACAUGAGACAGGUGGUAUUUAAAUACACUUCUCUCUGGGCCAUUUGUUUACCAUGUUGACAGGAGAUUGAUGGGAGGGUGGAUGGACGUUGGGUUUACUCGACCUGAACACUGUCUCACCAAGAAUUCAUUAUGGAUGCACUCCAAAAUUUAACAAAUAUGAACAUUGGGUUCAUCGGAGGUGGAAACAUGGCUAGUGCCAUUGGUGCAGGUCUUAUUCGUAAAGGUAUAUUGAACGCUGAUAAUGUCUGGGUGUCUGGGAAAACAAACCGGUCGUUUGAAUUUUGGAAUGAUUUAGGAGCUCAUACAACAUUAAAUAAUGCACAGGUUGUUGAAAAUAGUGAUAUUAUAUUUCUGUCGAUGAAACCUCCCAUGUUAGAUGAUGCUCUAGCUGGGAUUGCAAAUGGUUUAAGCAAAAAAGUAACAGGAAAAUUAUAUGUGUCUGUACUGGUCGGUGUGACUUUGAAUGUUCUUUACUCUAAACUGAGUGCUAUUUUACCUGAACCCAGAAUAGUCAGAACAAUGCCUAAUACCCCUAUGAUGGUUGGUGAGGGUGUAAUUGUGUGGUGUUCGAAGGGUGCAACUCUUGAAGAUCAAAAUCAUGUGAACGCUAUGUUUUCACCUCUCGGAAUUAGUGAAAAAGUAGAAGAAUAUCUCAUGAAUCCUAUUGGUGGGCUAACAUCUUCUGCUCCUGCUUACGCAUACUUGAUUACUGAAGCCCUUGCUGAUGGCGCUGUGAAAAUGGGCGUCCCACGUGCAUUGGCUACCAAAUUCUCAGCACAAGUCCUAGUAGGAGCUGGCAAAAUGGUUCUGCAAACUGGACGUCAUCCAGGUCAAUUGAAAGAUGAAGUCUGCUCUCCAGGUGGCACUACCAUAACAGGAAUGUAUGCUUUGGAACAAGGUGGUGUCAGGGGAGCUUUAAUGAAUGCAGUCGAAUCAGGUGUGAAAAGAUCAGAGGAGCUAGCUGCUGCAAUGACCAAAUAAUUUAUUACCCAAUCUGCAGUUCCUGACAAUUAUUCAAAUUGGCUGUAAGACAUUAUAUAUGAAAUAUUAUUUCAUUUCUAUUCAUGUUCAAAUCAUAUGAGUGUUACAUGUAACUCCAGUCUAUGUAUGUGUAUAAAUUUGUAGACUUUUAAAAUUCUUUUACAGCUACGAAACGAUGGGUUUAUAUUGUACUAAAAAUAACUAGCAUAUUGCUGUGAGUUAUUUUACUGAUAACAUUAAAGAGUGAAUUGAUUCUAA